AUGCAUUUUAUUCGAAUUGGUAAACAACGUUUUGAAUACACUUCAUUAUUUUUAAUCAUUGUAAAAAAAUUAUACAAUUGCUUUCAUUGUUUUUAUAAUAAAUCGAAAAAUCUUUUUUCCAAAACUGAAUUAUUAUCUUUUGAUAUGUUGUUUUUUGCCCUUUUAUUUAUACAAUCGUUGAGUUUUGUGAUUGGUCCAACGCCGAAUGACCUAACACAUGAAGAAGCCAUAAUGAAUAAAGUCUCUUCAAUUAAAACAAUUGAUUACACACAUGUUAAUUUAACUGUAACCAAGUCUUGUUGCUCUGACAAAACUUAUACAUACAAAUCAUCAACAUCAACACCCGUAUCAACUGAUUUUUAUUUCGAAAAAGGAGUCGUUCUAGAAAAAUUGUUCAUUCAAACAAAAAAUACACAAGAAAGAUUUCACAUCAAUGACACAAACAUGCCAAAUGAACUUUCUGUUAUUUUAGGUUGUGAUAGUAGUGAGUGUAGAAAAUCUACAAACAAUUUGUAUCGUCCUGUUGUAGAACCGGUAAAUCAAGGAAUAGCACUUUAUUCUUAUGGAAAUGGGAGAUGGUGGGUUUUAAAACACCCCAACGAACUCUUUUUAUUUGUAAACGGCACAGAAGCGUCUGACAUUUCAUUUGAUUUUAGCAAUGCCACUUCAGAAAUGAAGUACUAUGUCGAUUUAACUAGAUAUGCUGCCACUGGCCAUUUUAAUAAGAUUGAAAUGUACAACAAAGACUCACUUCCCAAUUUGAAUAUAUUACCAGUUUGUAGAGUCAGUGUCACGAUGGCAAGAUAUGUCUUGACAACACAGUCGAUUAUAAAUCAAGAUUGUACUUGUACUUCUAAAGACAAUAGUGUCAACAUCAAUUUCCAAACAAAAUUCAAUUAUCCGGACUGUAACUACAACAGCUCUCUUUUUGAUCUCAAUUUAAAUACGACCAACAAUGUUAUACAACGUGAAAAAAAAUACGACUUUGGACUUUCAAUGUGGAAUUCGUUGAUUCUAUUAGAAAACGUUUUAUACAUUUUUAACUCAACAAACAAUCAAAUAUUGACAUUAAACGAAUUCAAAAUGUCGAGUGGAUUUUCAGUGUAUUUUGAUGUGGAAACGGUCAUCAAAAGUUUGAAAAUAACUUCAAGAGGAAAUUUUACGUUCAACAAACCAUUGAAAAUAGUAACUUUUACUAUCAAUGAUAACAUAAAGGAUCAAAUUCUCUUUUUCAUUAAUUCAACUUAUGAUAAUGAUAUUCAAACACCACUUACAAAUUGUGGAAAUCGAGUCAUUCACAAAGAUUAUUUAAACACACUUUGUGACUGUGAAUACAACGAAAAUGGAACUUUCACUUUUCAGGGUGAAUUUAUGGCCGACUGCACAAAAAACCUACGCACAAAAUUGAACUUAAUAAUUGGACAAAACAACUAUAUAAUACAAAACAAUGAAAACUGGGGAAAUUUUAGUUGUUCUAAUGAAGCGAUGAUAUCUUCUACAAGCAACAAUAUAUAUAUCAAUUCAAAUCAUUGCCUAUUCACUGAAAUUGUUUAUUUAGAAGCAAAUGUUAUAUGUAAAAUUUUAUAUGUUUACAAUAAGACCAGAAUUAUAGUUGACAACUUCACUCCAAAUAAAUAUUAUUUGUCAAUUGGAGAUAUAUAUUUUGUCGAAGAAAUUUUUGGGAUAAAUCAAAAUGGAAUCAUUCAAAUCAGAGGAGGCCAAUUGCUUUCAUAUUAUUCGAAUCAAAAAAUUUCAUUGAAUUUUUUUGUAAGUAGAAGUACAACAAAAUGCGUUGACUUUGUCUCGUCUUCCACACCACUGAAUGAUUUUUUAUUUGAAGUUACUUCAACAAAAAUAUUAUUAGGAAGUAAAUUGUAUCGUAUUUGUUAUGGAGGGGAUAACUAUUUUGAUUACACAAUUCAAUGCAAUUUAACAGGAAGUAUUUAUUCAUCAUUCCAAAGUUACCAAGAUGAGGUGUUGCAUUGUCCUAUUAAUAACAUGAAUACAACUGUUAUAGUGUCAACCAAUGUAGUUGAUUUGAAUGAGUCGUUUUCUGGUACUUUUGAUCAACAAGAAACGGUAACAAAGUUCAAUUUUGAAAUUACAUCGAAUUAUAACUUCAACGACUCGACAAAAACCGUUUUAUUCGUUCAAAACGAAUCUGUGGGAGGAAACACUUUGAACAUCCAAACGAGUUCGGAAAAGCUGUUGCUUGGGAAUAAAUACAAAUUUGCAAAUACAAUAAAUUCAAAUAACUUUAAAAAUGGCAAUAAAUACCUUUCUAUUGAGUACAACUCGUCUAAUAAGUGCAAUUCGUUAUUAAUAACUAAUUUAAAUUCAAAGUGCUUACACUGUGAUAUAUCAACUGUUUUAGACAACGGAGAAUGUCUUGAUUUCAGUAACAAAUGUGUCUCUCGACAACGGAAUAAUACAACCACAUAUUGUGAAGAGUGUGAAAGUGGGUUUGAACCUUACAAAGAAAAAUGCAAUAAAUGUCCUGAUGACUGUCUUCGAUGUUUCAACUCGAAUUGUUUGCUUUGCGAAGUAAAUUAUCAAAUUAACUCAACGUUUGUAUGCUCAGAAGUCGAAAAUAAAGAUACCACAAUAUUGUUCUAUAAUAUAUCACGUGUUUACAAAUGUAAAGAAGGGUAUUAUAAUACAAACAGUGAUUGUACAAGUGUGCCCACAAAAUGUGUAUCUUACUCACAAGAAACCAAAUGCAAAAUUUGCAAAUCAAAUGAAAUUUUGAAUGCAGAAGAGACUUGUUCGACACUAAGUGGAGUUAUAACAACAAACAACAAAGUUCCACUAAUUUGUAAACCCUCGUAUUAUUUAUUUAACAACACGUGUAAACUGUGUAAUGAGACGUUUGGUGAUUUGUGUCAAAAAUGCACAAUAAACAGUUGUGUAUCUUGUGGGUUAACAGGUGUUGUUAAUUCUGGUGGAUCAUGUGAAUCAAUUGGUUCCAGUGAGUGUACAGAAAGUAAUAACACGUAUUGUAGUGGCUGUUCAGACAAAUCCGAUUUCAUCAAAGAUGAUGUUUGCAUUCAAAAUAUCAACAAUUGUGAUGUUACAAAUCUGAAUGGCAAAUGUGUGAACUGUGUGAAUGGGUUUUAUUUUGAUUAUAAUACACAAACGUGUGUGUUAACACCACAAACAGUGAACGAUUGUGAAAUUUUUAAUCUUGAAGAUGAUCGUUGCGUUCGGUGCAAAUCGACAUUUUAUCUCACUGAGAAUCACACAUGUUUGAACUGUUCUGAAGAUUGUUUAACGUGUACUUCCAGUACAAAUUGCAUAUUAUGUAACAGUAGUUUGAUAGUCAAAAAUGGGUUCUGUGUUUCGGGAUCCAAUGUAUCAGACAACUGCAGCAAAGUGGUGACAGGCACUUCGAUAUGUGCUCUCUGUGUUUCAAAAACGUUUAGAAAUGAAGAUGGAAAGUGCGAAAAUUGCUUGGAGAAUUGUUUAGAAUGUCACGGUACCAAAACAUGUACCUUAUGUGAGUCGAACCACUUUUUACUCACAAAUUCAAGUGCUUGUAUUUCGUACGACAAUUUGAUAAAUUGUGAAGACAAAAGUGUUCGUGGGUGUUUAAAGUGUUCCUCUGGCUAUUUCGUCGAAAAUCAAUUUUGUUCUUCUUGUGACUCCAAAACGACAAAUUGUGAAACUUGCAAUUCUGUUGGGAAGUGCACGUCGUGUAAAAACGACUUUAUUCUUAAUGAAUCAUCUGAAUGUGUAUCAAAGAGUCAAGUGGAUAAAUGCGUUGAAGUCUCAAAUUCAAAAUGUACCAAAUGUACUUUUUGGCAUGUUCCAGACAACACAAAGACGAAAUGUAUAACCCAAGCCGUAUGGUGGGUCAUUCUUUUAUGUGUUCUGUUUGUUAUAUUCAUUUUCAUUAUAAUCAUUGCAUCGUCCAUCUUCAUUUUCAUUGCAAUUUUGAACCACCGCAAGACGGAAAAAUUGCGAGAGAAGUAUUGUUUAUUUGAUAUGAAGAAGACAAACAUUGAAUUUGUCAAAACCGAAAUAGCUGAUAUUGUUGUCAACAAGACAUGUAUUGAAUUCUGUGGAGCGACAGAUGAAACAAGUAAAAUACCAGUUGCCACUGAAAGCCGUGAGUUGAUUUGUGUUGGAAAUGUCGGUAGAAAUGUCAUCAAAGUUCAAUUCAGUCUGAAAGAUAAUUGCACAAAAUACUCAAUUCGAACUGAACCCAAAAUCAUGACUAUUCCAAAAGGAAAAGCAAUUGAAUUUGAAGUUUUCUUAACACCAAAUUACUCAUGUAAUAUUGAAGACAAAAUCGUGUUAAUCUCUGCUAAUUUAAAGAAGGGAGAAACUUCCCAACUUUACAUAGAAACAAAAGCUGAGACGGAGAUGUCGACUCGAUUAGACCCAGACGAGCUGAUUGAAGAGAAACAACUUGGUGAAGGCUCGUUUGGUGUUGUUUACAAAGGGAAAUUCCGAGGGAACGAAGUUGCUAUAAAGAAGAUGAAAGAGUUUGGAAAUGACAAAACAAAAGUUGACGAGUUUGAGAAGGAAGUCUCGAUGCUAGACAAGUUCAGAAGUGACUAUGUUGUCCACUUCUAUGGCGCUGUAUUUAUACCAAAUAAGAUAUGUAUGGUCACUGAAUAUGCACAAUUUGGAAGUUUAAACGACUUAAUGAAACACAAAAAGGCGGAAGAAGUUGUUUUAAGUGUACGUGUUAAAAUCAUAUACGACGCAGCUAAGGGGUUGGAGUAUUUACACAACAAUGGCAUUUUACACAGAGACAUCAAACCAGACAAUUUCUUGGUAUUUUCAUUAGAAAAAGAAAUUGAUGUGAAUGCUAAAUUGACUGACUUUGGGUCAUCGCGAAAUGUGAAUAUGAUGAUGACUAACAUGACUUUCACGAAGGGAAUCGGAACACCAAAAUACAUGGCGCCCGAAGUACUUAAUAAAGAAUUAUACAAGAAAAGUGCUGAUGUUUAUUCGUUUGCAAUCACGAUGUACGAGUGCUUUGGGUGGGGCAAUGCAUUUCCAAAAGAACAUUUUUCAUAUCCAUGGAAAAUUGCGGAUUUUAUAUCUGCUGGUAGUCGCCCAUCACAGUAUGGGGAUAUCACAGACGAAGAAUAUCUUAUUAUUGUGAAAUGUUGGGGACAAAUUCCCAGUGAAAGAAUACAGAUGGGGAAAGUGGUCGAUUUGUUAAAAGAAACUAGACCAAAAAUAUUAAACUAUAAUUUACUAUACUCAAUAUCGCUCAUUAAAAACUAUUAA